ACGCAUGACGGCUGAAUUGCAGAAAACCAAAACGAAUAUUUGAAGUUUCGGAAGAAUUUCGUCGUACAUUCGACCUUCGUGUUUGAACGGAAAACUAAAAACCAUGGCGAUGCGAGUCGCAGCCUGCGUUGGAAGAGAACGAAUCGUCUCUCUAUCUUCACUUCCUCGCCACUUCCAAGUCGGAACCGGAAAACCUGUCUCUGUUUCUGCGUUUGCUCAGCACAGGGUUCCAUAUCUUCGUACCAGAGAUGAAGUUAAGUACCAGGUUCGCGCCAUUCAAGAGGCCGCGGUGGAUCAGAAGGCUACAGAUGGAGAGAGUGAUAAAUCAUCUCAAUCAUGGAAGAUUAAAAUGCUUUACGAUGGAGAUUGCCCACUUUGUAUGCGCGAGGUCAACAUGCUUAGAGAGAGGAACAAGCAAUAUAAAGCAAUUAAGUUCGUUGAUAUAGGUUCUGAUGAAUACUCUCCAGAGGACAAUCAAGGCCUUGACUACAAAACGGCUAUGGGCAGAAUCCAUGCUAUCCUGUCUGAUGGAACCGUGGUCACUGAUGUAGAAGCGUUCAGAAGACUCUACGAAGAAGUUGGCCUGGGAUGGAUUUAUGCCAUUACAAAAUACAAGCCUAUUGCAAUUAUGGCUGAUGCAAUAUAUGGUGUUUGGGCAAAAUAUCGCCUGCAAAUUACAGGUCGGCCUUCAUUAGAAGUUAUUUUGGAGGAGCGAAAGAAAAGUAUGGUAUGCAUACUGCAACUACAUGAAUAUCAUUGUGAUCAGUUGUUUAAUAUCAAAUUGAAAAGGUUGCUUGAAUGGCAUUGUAAAUAUGUUUAAUUGGGUGAAACAUGCAACAAUAGCAAGACAUGUAAGAUGUGAGCUCUAUUAAUAGUACGAUACAACUCCCAAGGAUGACAUUCUUUUUAAUGGAUCUGGCACGCAUGCUGCUUUGUUGGAGGACUGAAGUAACUUAGUGUCAGUGAGUUUCAGUUAUGCGUCCUAAAGUAUCUAUGUGUUGGAAUUGGGCAGAAAGUUCAGGUCUACAAGAUCUUGUUUGAUUACUUAGAUUAUAUUCUUUAUGCAAAGUACAGCUUAGCACCCCAGUGGAAAGUGUACAGCAGAUAUAUAAGAGCAUCAGCCCUGUUAUAUUAUGUGACAUAAUUACUUUUUGAAUCUAUAAAUAAAGCUUUAGAAUUCACGGA